CCACCCACCCCUUCUCACUCUCCUGCGCCAUACUUCAUUCUCUCUCCCUCCAUUUCCAGAUUCAGUCUCUCUCUCUCUCUUUCACCUACCAAAAAUGAAGGUGAUUGAGAAGAUCAGAGCAGCAGAAGCUCAGAAUCAAAUCCUAUUUUCCUUCGAAUACUUUCCCCCUAAAACCGACGAUGGUGUCGAAAAUCUCUUCGAAAGAAUGGAGAGAAUGGUGUCUCAUUCCCCUUCUUUUUGUGACAUUACUUGGGGUGCUGGAGGAUCUACUGCUGAUCUAACCUUAGAAAUUGCUAAUCGUAUGCAAAACAUUGUUUGUGUUGAAACUAUGAUGCAUCUUACUUGUACUAAUAUGCCUGUUGAAAAGAUUGAUCAUGCGCUUACUACUAUUAAAUCUAAUGGAUUGCAAAAUGUUCUUGCUCUUCGUGGUGAUCCACCUCAUGGUCAGGAUAAAUUUGUUCAAGUUGAAGGCGGAUUUGCUUGCGCUCUUGAUCUUGUUAAUCAUAUGCGGAGCAAAUAUGGGGAUUACUUUGGGAUUACUAUUGCUGGUUAUCCUGAGGCACAUCCUGAUGCUAUUGGAGCUAAUGGUUUGGCAACUGAAGAAGCAUAUGCUAGUGAUCUGGCUUACUUGAAGAGAAAGGUUGAUGCUGGUGCUGAUCUUAUCGUCACGCAGCUGUUUUAUGAUACCGAUAAUUUUCUCAAGUUUGUUAAUGAUUGUCGCCAAAUUGGAAUUACUUGUCCAAUUGUUCCUGGCAUUAUGCCCAUUAAUAACUAUAAGGGCUUUCAACGAAUGACUGGUUUCUGUAAAACAAAGAUUCCUCAAGAGAUCACUGAUGCAUUGGAGCCAAUUAAGGACAAUGAAGAAGCAGUGAAAGCCUAUGGUAUUCAUCUUGGAACUGAAAUGUGCAAGAAGAUUUUGGCUAGUGGAAUCAAACAGCUGCAUCUUUAUACCUUGAAUAUGGAGAAGUCUGCACUAGGAAUAUUGCUGAAUCUUGGAUUAAUUGAAGAGUCCAAAAUUCAAAGACCAUUACCUUGGAAACGCCCAGCAAAUGUUAACCGUGUUAAGGAAGAUGUUAGGCCCAUCUUUUGGGCUAACCGUCCAAAAAGCUACAUCACACGAACAAUGGGAUGGGAUCAAUACCCCCAUGGGCGUUGGGGUGAUGCUCGCAAUGCAUCCUAUGGAGCAUUAAGCGACCACCAGUUUAUGAGACCACGUGCACGUGAUAAGAAGCUGCAAGAAGAGUGGGCUGUCCCACUGCAAAGUGCUGAAGCUAUACACGAGAUGUUCAAGAACUUUUGCCUUGGUAAGCUGAAAAGCAAUCCUUGGUCUGAAUUAGAUGGCCUUCAGCCAGAAACAAAGAUCAUCGAUGAAAAAUUGGGCGACAUUAAUAUGAAAGGCUUUCUCACCAUCAACAGUCAACCUGCAGUUAAUGGAGAAAAAUCUGACUCCCCCACUGUUGGAUGGGGUGGGCCUGGUGGCUAUGUAUACCAGAAAGCCUAUGUAGAAUUCUUUUGCGCAAAGGAGAAGUUGAAUGCACUUGUUGAAAAAUGCAAAUCUCUUACAUCUAUAACCUACAUGGCGGUGAACAAAGGAGGUGAUUUGAUCUCAAAUGUUGCCCAAACUGACGUGAACGCUGUAACAUGGGGUGCAUUCCCUUCAAAGGAGAUUAUACAACCAACUGUUGUGGAUUCUGCCAGCUUUAUGAUCUGGAAAGACGAAGCCUUUGAAAUCUGGUCCAGAUCAUGGGCUCAAUUAUAUCCAGAGGGUGACUCAUCCAAGAAAUUGCUUGAAGAGGUGCAAAAUAGCUACUACUUAGUCAGCUUGGUGGAUAAUGAUUAUAUCCAUGGUGAUCUAUUUUCUGUUUUCACUGGUCUUUGAGAAGAGUAUGAGAGUUAUUAAUUUCGAGAUUUAUUACUCCAUUCACCUAAUGAUGCAUUUUAUUCAUUGGGCAUAAACUCUGUCCAUUGUUCGAGUGUUAUUAGCUUUAGUUAUUGUGUUUGUAACGACAUAAUCUUGUGGGAUUUUGCAAUCUCCCAAGACUCCCAAUGCAAAUUGCAUGGCGAGUUGUUUCUGCCCAAUGCGCCUUUGUACCAUUUGUUUUUCUUUCUUUACAUAAAUAUAUAGAGCCAUUGUCUGCUUGUGUUUUGUUGAA